CGCGUGGUUUUGUUUAUGUUAUUUACGUUCAAAAUUCGUGUCGGCUUCCUAAAUUAUUUUUGUUUCUAUUUAAUUUACAAUAUACCAAAAAUUUAAAACAUGGUUCGCAAACUUAAAUUUCACGAGCAAAAACUGCUGAAAAAGGUGGACUUCUUCAACUGGAAGGAAACCAACAAUCUAAAUGAAGUAAAAGUGAUGAGGAAGUAUAACAUUCAGAAGCGGGAGGAUUACACUACUUACAACAAGCUGUCUCGUAACAUUCGUGAGCUAGCCGCUAAAAUAGCAGAGGUCGAUCCGAAACAUCCCUUCCGGACGGAGAUGAGCGGCUUGCUGCUGGAGAAACUGUACGUCAUGGGCUUGAUACCUACCAAGUGGGAUCUGGAAAAUGCGAGCAAACUGAGCGCCUCGACCUUCUGUAGGCGCAGACUACCCGUAGUACUGCUGAGGAAUAAAAUGUCCGAAAAUAUUAAACACGCCACACAGAUGAUCGAACACGGACAUGUACGAGUCGGGGCGGAUGUGGUGAAAGAUCCCGCCUUUCUCGUGACGAGAACGAUGGAGGACUUUGUUACCUGGGUGGAUGGUUCUGCGAUUCGGAAGCACGUGCUGGAAUACAAUGACAUGAGGGAUGAUUUUGAGUUGUGAAUGCGUGAUAAGUUGAAAAGAGUUGAGACGUGUGUCAAAUUAUUUAUAAAUAAAGUUAUUAAAUCAUAAAAAAAAUAA